AUGACGGCAGGCAAGAAUGUUUUCCUCAUUGGUCCAGGCUUUAUAGGUCGAAAUGUUGUUGACAUACUCCUAUCCGAAGGCUACACGGUCACAACUCUAGUUCGACGCAAGUCGUACGGGGCAGAACUUCAAAAGGAUGGUGUCAAGACGGUUCUCGGCAGUCUCGACGACGGCGACCUCAUCACGACCCAGACCAUCGCCAGCGACAUUGUCUUCCACACCGCCACGGCCGACCACCUACCGUCCGUCGAGGCCGUCCUCGAGGGAGUCCGGGCGCGGGCCGACCAACGCAAACAGACCAUCUUCAUCCACACCAGCGGCACCAGCCUGUUGGGUGACGACUCCAAGGGUCAGUACAAAGGCGAGAAGGUGUUUUCGGACGACUCACCCCAAGACAUCGACGCUCUCCCGGACACGGCUUCCCACCGUGAAAUCGACCUCGCCAUCCUCCGGGCGCGCAAGGAUCUCGGUGCGAAAGCGAAAAUGGUCAUCAUGAUCCCGCCACUCAUCUACGGAAUCAACGACAAAUACAGACGACUCAGCAUCCAACUCCCCACGUUGACCCGGUUCGCGUUGAAACACGGCUACGCGGGACAAGUGGGCCAAGGCAAGUCGGUGUGGUCGACGGUACACGUGCUCGACCUCGCCAGGGCCUACAUCACCUUGCUCCACUGGUUGGAGAAGACGGAUGCCGACCAGAUUCUGGACAAUCCCUACUUUUUCUGCGAAAACGGUCAAGAGUACCCUUGGGGCGAUUUUGUUAGGGCUAUCGGGGAUUCGUUGCACCAGGCUGGAAGACUAAAAGAUCCUAACCCACGCACCAUCCCGGAGAGCGAUUACGGUGACUUGUUUGGCCCCUUUACCGCCUGGGUGGUCGGGAGCAAUUCACGGAGCAGGGCGAAGAGGUUGAGGGGUUUGGGUUGGGAACCUCGCGAGAAGGACGUCUUGACGAGUCUAAAGGACGAUGAAAUCCCCAUCGCGUUGAAGGAGGAGACGGGUCAAUUCAGAGGGUACGCCGGUGUCGCGGCGUCUGGGGUUCCUUCGUGA